AUGCAGACACCAACUGAGAAUGUUGGACAAAUUUUGAAUUGUAUUGAGUCAAGAAACAAUGAAAUCCCUCAGCAAGAAGAAGAAUUUAGCAAGAAACAAAACCAACAAUUUGAGCAGAGAGGCAUAUUUAGUAGUAGCAUUAGUGCUAACAAUUCAUCAGAUGAUGGAUACACAUGGAGAAAAUAUGGACAAAAGCAAGUUAAAGGGAGUAAUUUUCCAAGAAGUUACUAUAAAUGUACUCAACAAAAUUGUCUUGUGAGGAAAAAAGUUGAGUGUGCACCAAAUGGACAAGUUAUAGAAAUUGUCUACAAUGGUGCUCAUAAUCAUCCAAAACCUCAACAUCUUCGACGAAAAACUACAGAUGAUAUAUAUGUUGUUGCCCAAGAAAAUGGAUCAUCAUUAUGGAGAAAUGAUCAACAAUAUGAGUACAAUAGAGAUGUUGCAGGACUAGAAAGAAUACCCUCUGCACCUGUCCUGUCUGAUGCCUCCGAUCCAAUGUUGUCGAACAAUAUCAAUGUGUUUGAAUCUCAUGAGAUUUCUUCUAAACUUGCUAUAUUUGAUGCUGAAGAUGAAGAUUUAGCCACUCAAGAAGGUAAUUUUCUUGGUGAUGGUAUCAAUGAGUAUGAAUUAGAGACGAAAAGAAGGAAGAAAGACGGUUAUUUAGUCGAACCAAGUUUUCUGUCAAGAACAGUGAGAGAACCAAAAGUAGUCCUACAGGUGGCGAGUGAAAUUGAUAUUCUUGAAGAUGGCUAUCGCUGGAGAAAAUAUGGCCAGAAAGUUGUCAAAGGAAACCCGAACCCCAGGAGCUACUACAAAUGUACGAGUGCUGGAUGCAUAGUGAGGAAACAUGUCGAAAGGGCAGCAGAUGACUUUAAAUCAGUAAUCACAACAUAUGAAGGGAAACAUAACCAUGAAGUGCCAUCAACAAACAAGACGAAUGGUGUUUCAGGAAACGUUCGUUCAGCAUCAAUGUUGAACAACGGGCAACAGCCUUGCACAACAACAUCUCGAAAAAGUCUCAAAGAUUCAAAUAUCAGAGUGCAAUUUCAAGAUCUACCAAUUCCAUUCGAAAGAAAGCAUUUCAUGGGAAGCGAAUAUUUAAGGCCAAGUUUUGGUGCAAGUUACCUCGGGGACUUGAGUUUCGGAGCUACUUCUUUACAACUCCCAGACUUCCCAUUACCAUUGCCAUUGCCAUCGCGAAUGAGCUUUCCUGCAAGACAGAAUGAGUCUCACUUUCAUUUGAAUAACAAUUUCUUACUGCCAAAUGGUGCAUCCAAUUCUUUUUUAGCAGAUGGGAAUACACAACAUAUUAACGCUGACAACAAUAAUUCGAGACUCCUUAAAGCCAAAGACGAGAUUCAGUACUGGACCUAGCUCUUCCACUAGCUGUCUUCUGAUACAUCAUUCAGUAUAGAUUCUUUGCAGUCACUGCUUUCGACUUAAAUAAUACACACAGUUCAAGGUUUAGAAAUAUAUAUGUAUUUAUCCCCUUUGAUCAAGGUGGAACCAAUCGAGGCUACGACACAUUGGAACCAACAUGUCAGUGAGCAAACAAGCUAUAUGGAGCAUCACUUCAAUGAAAGGCGAUAACUGUGCAUUUCAAGAACUUGCAACUUGCAUAACAGGCCAAGUAUUUUGGCCUAAUUGUUGGCAUCGUUACUAACAUAAACAUCAAUUGUAUAGCGUUAAGCAAGCAGAUGUAAACGAUUCAUUAGCCAACAAUGAAUAUGAGGGGAAUUACCCGAUUUUCCAUCAA